CAGCACCUUUUAUAUGACUGCGAGCCUGCUGGAGCAAAGGAGUGCCAUCUCACUCUAUGCUGCAGACCACCAGCUCCCAGCAACACUGACGGCAAGUGACUGGACCUUGCUGGAGAAAAUCAACACUCUUCUGGCUCCAUUUGAAGAGAUCACAAAACAGAUCAGCUUCGCCACCUCCACCACCUCAGAGGUCAUCCCCUCAGUCAUCGUCCUGAAGCGUCUGUUGGCCAAACAGACCACGGAGGACCGCGGGAUAAAAACAAUGAAGGCGACACUUCUAGCAGCUAUGGGCACAAGAUUCCAGACCGUUGAGGCGGAGCCCUUGUACUCUGUUUCAACCAUAUUGGACCCACGUUACAAAGACAGAUACUUCACAAGUGCAGAGAGCAGCAAGCUUGCAAGAAGUGCACUGACCCAAGAGGUGGAGAAAAAUGAGGAGUCAUCACUGCAGACAACCACCACAGAGGCAGCAGACCCAGCCAGUAAGACCCCACGGAUGACAACAGAGCCCAACACAAGCAGCUGCUUUAAGGGGCUGUAUGAGGAAUUCCUGCAAGAGCAUGCUUCUGAACAAGGUGGGGCCAGCAGCACAGUUACACAGGUGCAGAUAGAGACAUAUCUGGCUGAGAAAACAAUCCACCGCACAGAGAGCCCAUUCGAGUACUGGGGAAAGAAUAAAGAACGGUUCCCCUCCCUGGCUACUACAGCUGCAAAGUUUCUCUCCGCUCCCUCCACCAGCGUAGAUAGUGAGAGGCUUUUCAGCACAGCUUCUAACAUACUUGAUGAGAAGAGGAAUAGGCUGUCAGGAGAUCAUGUAGAAACACUAAUCUACCUCAAGAAAAAUCUGCCAAUGUACCUGAGCUUGAACCCCAAAGACUUGAAUCCUCAAAAGUAAACAAGAGUAAACACUACUAGGUGUUGUGCGACAGAUCUCUCACUGAUUAAUGCUAUUUGUUCUUACCUCAGAUACGUUAAAUUAAUGCAACUAUCUCUCAAAUGUACCUCAUAUGUAUAUUAUUUCUUAUUUUAAUACAAUUUAACGUUCUACUUCUUACUCUUGCACUAGUUUUAUACACUAGUAUUAUGUUAUAAUUUUAUGAAAGUUGCACUAUUUUGGCAUUUGAGAGCCAAAACUCAGGGUUUUUAAGAGUUUGUAAUGUAUUUUUAAUGUAAUGUAAUUUUAAUGUAUUUUACUUUCUUACUGUUGCACUGUUCACUUCUAUUAUACAUGUUCUAAUUUCAUGAAUGUUGCACUAUGUUGGCCUUUGAGAGCCAAAAGUUUAUUCAGCUAUUGUUGUCACCCAUACCAGGUAGGCAAUAAAAAGUUCUACUGGA